AUGAUUCUAAGGGCCCUUAUAGACCAAUGCUCUGAGGGGACACUCAUCACAAGCCGCGCAGUGCGUGCAUUAGGCUUACGUCGCACUCCAGUUGUCACGGACGUCAGCGGCGUAGGAGCAAGCUCUGGUACAAGCACCGAGUGUGUUAGUUUUCAACUACGUUCAAAUCUCAAUCAGCACUUUGAGACAUUCGUACCAUUAGCCUUUGUAAUGGACACAGUCACAUCGGACUUACCCAGCAAUCGGAUAGAACCACAGGCGUGGCCGCAUAUGGACGGUCUCGUAUUGGCAGACCCCACCUACUUCAAUUCCAACAAAAUUGACUUGUUGAUUGGUACAGAAAUGCAUGCGUAUAUUCUGUUACCAGACAUCCGCAUCGGCCGGCGUGAUCAUCCUAUAGCGCAGAACUCACAUUUUGGGUGGAUUUUGUAUGGUCAAGUGGCUCCCGCAGCUCCAACUAUCGACCCGUCAGCCACCAUUCAUUGUCAUCACACCGCAAUCAGUCCACACUUGGAAUCACUAGUUCAACGUUUCUUCGAGACGGAGGAAAUACAAGAAGAGCGCGCUAGAUCAGAGGAGGAACAAUGGUUCAUCGACUUUUUCAAUCAACAUUGUAUAUGGUACGGCUGCCGCUCAAAACUCACUUCGACCCAAACCAGACAAGAACUGAUGGAACGUUAUUCAGCUGGCAUUCAAGAAUAUUUCGACUUGAAUCAAAUAGUUUCAUCCACAUCAACAGAAGAAGAACGUUUCACUGCCACGAGCACAAACCAAUCAGCAGUUACUGCGUGUGUAUUGCCACAUCAUGCGGUUAUACGUGAGGACAAGCUAACUACGAAACUUCGUAUUGUAUUCGACGCCUCAGCGAAAACGUCAAAUGGGAAAUCACUAAAUGAUAUUCUAUGCAUAGGGCCGGCGCUUCAGAAUGAACUCCCAGCAGUUAUUUUGGCCCAACUUGGCUAA